UGAUUGAAUUGCGUCAAUCCCGAAACGUAGCCAUUUCCGCCUAGAAGACGAAAGGUCUACGUUUUGUGAUACCUUUUCGCUACAUCAAAAUGUCUCUGGGUGUUUCAUCUCCGAGUCUGAACACUCCAGCAAAUAACCAAGGCAUACUGAUAGGAGAUAAAGUUUAUUCGGAAGUAUUUCUGGCCAUCGACAGCUCGAUCGUCGGUGAGGAGAGACUUUCAACGACCCCGUCCAUGCUCGAUGGCCUCGACCAUGAGACGGAGACCGACGUGCGGAUUCUCGGCUGCGAGCUCAUCCAGUCCGCGGGGAUCCUUUUACGUAUGCCACAGGUAGCAAUGGCGACGGGGCAAGUACUUUUCCAGCGAUUCUUUUACUCCAAAUCUUUCAUCAAGCACAACUUUGAGAUUGUUGCCAUGGCUUGUAUGAACUUGGCAUCAAAAAUCGAAGAAACGCCGAGACGAGUGAGAGACGUGAUUAAUGUUUUCCAUCAUUUAAAACAAGGAAAGGGCAAGAAAAGCACCCCUCUCGUCCUUGAUCAAAACUACAUUAACACCAAGAAUCAAGUGAUAAAAGCAGAGCGGCGUGUGCUUAAGGAGCUGGGCUUCUGUGUUCAUGUCAAACAUCCACACAAGAUCAUAGUCAUGUACCUGCAAGUUCUUGAAUGCGAGAAGAAUCAGAUGCUGGUUCAAACUGCAUGGAACUACAUGAAUGAUGCCCUCAGAACAGAUGUAUUUGUAAGGUUUGAACCAGAGGCCAUCGCGUGUGCCUGUAUCUACCUUGCUGCUCGGGUAUUACGGAUUUCCCUUCCUUCGAAACCACACUGGUAUCUUCUCUUUGGCGCUACCAAGGGGGACAUCAAAGAAAUAUGUGUCACCACUCUGAAGCUUUAUUCUAGGAACAAGCCAAACUAUGAACAGCUUGAGAAAGAGGUGGAGAAGAGAAGGCUCAACCUGGAGGAGGCUAGACUCAAAGCCAAGGGACAAAAUCCCAACAGCACGCCAGCUCUUUUGGGCAUCGGUGGAUUUUCCCCAGCAUCAAAACCUUCUUCUCCGAGAGAUGGGAAGGCCGAGGACAAAUCGCCAAACUCUAAACUAGCGAAGGAGCCUGAGAACAGACAGUUGUUUCCCAAAAGCCCUGUGAAUGGCAGCUUGAAAAAGGGGGAUAGCAAAGUGUAUCAGAACGGCAAGCACUAUAGUCGGUCCAGGUCACGCUCUCUGUCACGGUCUCCUCACAGACAUCGAAGGAGCCACUCCGGUACGUACAGCUCUCACAGCAGCCACAGUCCGUCCCCACGACAACACAAAGGGCGCCGGGCAUCACCUCUUGCGAAGGCAGGGUCUGAGCACAGACAGAGUGAGUCUAGUCGGCAUAGUAACAAGAGGAGGAGGUCACGAAGCCGAUCUCGCAGCAAUUCCAGAGAACGAGGCCGUGACCGCGACUACGCGAAACACAAGCACGAUCGCAGCAGCAGUCACCACUGGGACCAUCGUGAUCGCGAGCGUGACCGAGAGCGUGAUCACAGUCGAAGCAAACAACAGAGCAGAUCGCAUUCUGGACACAGCCACAGCAGACGCAGGAGAUGAAGCGUUGGACGGACACUGGACUAAACGCUCGCUUCAAAUCAUGAUUUUACAAACUUCUGGUUACAUUGUUAAGAAGUGGAUGUUCUGUUCAUACUGAACGGCUCUUGCUUACGACAGGCUCAUGUAGAGUUUAUUAGGCAAGAUAGUGGUGCCUUUUAUUGUAUCUGACUAUUGCAUUUUACUUGAAAGCGACAGAGUGAAAGAAUGACAGACUGCCUACAUCAGGGAUCACAUUUGCACAGGGUAAGGAGUGUUCGAGGCCUGUGCGUGUUUUUUUUUUUUACAGUAUACACCUCUGUGUUGUUUGUGCACUGUACAUACAAAGCUUAUUUUUAUGAGGUCAGAAAUGAAAAACUUUUGUAUAUACAUUUCUUCACAAAAUAAACCCGAUGGCUAUUGCA